AUGCUGGAAGGUCUGGUCGCCGGGUUGCUUAACCGCUUCCUAGGCAUGUACGUCAAGAACUUUGAUCCCACCCAGUUGAAAGUCGGUAUAUGGUCCGGCGAUGUGAAGCUACGCAACCUCGAGCUCCGUAAGGAGGCUCUCGACCAGCUGAAGCUUCCUAUCAACGUCAUGGAGGGCCACCUGGGCGAGCUGACCCUCGUCAUACCAUGGUCCAACCUGCGUGGUGCUCCCGUCAAGGUCUUCAUCGAGGACGUAUUCCUGCUGGCAUCCCCCAAGGAGGAGGCUGCCUAUGACGAGGACGAAGAAGACCGCAGGAAGCAGCGUAUCAAGAUGGAAAAGCUGGAUUCUGCAGAGCUCAUCAAAGAGAGGUCGCAGGAGGGUCUGAGUCAGGAAGAACAGAAGAAGAGCCAGAGCUUCACAGAGAGCCUAGUCACUAAGAUUGUCGACAACCUGCAGGUCACAGUCAAGAAUAUACACGUACGAUACGAAGACUCGAUAUCCGCCCCUGGGCAUCCUUUUGCCCUUGGUAUCACUCUGGAGGAGUUCAGUGCCGUCAGUACCGAUGGCGAGUGGAAGGCCGCCUUCAUCCAGAACUCGUCAAAGACGACGCAUAAGUUGGCCACCCUCGGUGCCUUGGCCGUGUACUGGAAUACCGACUCGAAACUGAUGGGUCCGGGCCGCGAACUCGCCGACGGCGAGGACUUCAUGUCCCACGACGAGAUGACCAGGAAGUUCAAGGAGAUGAUUGGCACGGGUGACAACCCUGCCACUGCGGAUCAUCAGUUUAUUUUGAAGCCCGUGAGUGGCCAGGCCAAGAUUGAAUUGGACAAGACUGGGGAUACGCAUACGCCCAAGUUCAAGGCGAGCCUUCUCUUCGACGAGAUCGGAGUCGUCCUGGACGACGACCAAUAUCGGGACGCCUUGAUGAUGGUUGAGCUCUUCCACUACUUCAUCCGCCACCAGGAGUACAAGAAGCUGCAACCGAAGGGUGUGACACCAAAGGAGGACCCCCGUGCGUGGCUAAAAUUCGCCGGAGACGCCGUGCUCGCUAAAAUCCAUGAUCGAAACCGUCGCUGGAGUUGGGAUUACUUCCGCGAGAGGCGUGAUGAUCGACACCGUUACAUAGAAAUCUUCAAGAAACGGAAGGCAAACCAACAGUUGUCGCCCCAGGACACUGAAGACCUGAACAAUCUCGAAUGGAAGCUUGCGUAUGAGGACCUACGCUUCUGGAGGUCUUUGGCUCGCAACCAGCUCCGAAAAGAGAACGCAGAAGCCCUGAAGAACGCCCCUCCGAAGAAACCUCAGCAGCAGGGAUGGAUUUCCUGGGCAUGGGGCACAAAGCCAGCUGAGUCGAGUGACGCGUCAGAGAACACCCAGAUGACCGAGGAACAGCGUAAAGAGCUGUAUGAGGCGAUAGACUGGGACGAGAAGACGGCUAUUGCCGAGGCCGUAGACACUCCACGCGACGCUGUCAAAAUGGAAGUCAACGCGUCCCUCAGUACCGGCAGCUUCACACUCAGACAGAGCCCUCACGGAAGCAAGGCCGAUCUUCUGAGCUUGCAUUUCGACGUGUUCAAGGCGAAGGGCCUGACGCGUACCGAUUCCGUGCUGGCUAAUGUUAGCUUGGGCGGCUUCCGCGUAAACGAUGGCACCACUCCAGAGAGCUUGUUUAAGGAGAUUGUCAGGGUCAAAGACGCGCCCGACGCCCAAAGGAAGAAGCGUCUGUCAAUUUCCGAGCUCGAAAACAACGAGCAAGAAACCUUUUUUGACCUACAGGUGGAACAGAACCCUCUUGAUGGACAGGGCGAUUACGCAGUGACGGCCAAACUGAAGCCUUUAGAGGUUGUUUGGAAUCCUCACUUCGUCGUAGGCGUUGCCGACUUCUUCAAGCCACCUGACCGGCACAUGGACUCCAUAUCUGCCUUGAUGGAGACUGCAGGUGCAACGGUCGAGGGUUUCAGACAGCAGACCCGUGCUGGUCUCGAGUUCGCCCUGGAGGAACACAAGUCCAUCAACGCCAAGCUAGACCUACAAGCACCACUCAUCAUCAUCCCACAGUCCAUCAAGACCGAGAAAUCCACCUGUCUGAUCUUGGAUGCCGGUCACAUCAGCGUCAACAGCGAAUUGGUCGAUAAAGGAACGCUCAAGCAGGUUCAGGAAAAGCAACGUCAGAAAUAUUCCGACGAGGAUUUCAAGCAACUCGAGUCUCUCAUGUACGACCGGUUCCUCGUCAAACUGACCUCGACCCAAGUUCUGAUCGGGCCGUCUAUUGAUGAGACCAAAUCUCAACUUGUCGAAAAGGACGAGGCCCGCAGGUUGCACGUUGUGGACAAGAUCAAUGUAGACUUCGUGGUCGCCCUAUCCAUAUUGCCAAAGGCGCCGAACCUUACCAAAGUGAAGAUUUCGGGCCACAUGCCUGUCCUCCAAGCCAUGGUGUCUGACACCAAGUAUAAGAGCCUCAUGAAGCUCAUCGACGUUGCUAUACCGAAGUUUGGUGAUCAACAGCAGCAGGUGAAUCCGCAGCAACAGCCUAAGAGACCGCGCCAGCUCAGCUCAGCUUCGAACCACUUGCGUAAGACGCACGCUCGCAAGCGUUCCUCUAAUAUCUUCAUGAGUCAACAAACUGCCAUCAUACUGAAUGACGAUUCGGACGAUGACUCGGACGAAUUCGAGGAUGCAGCAGACGGCAACACGAACCAGCAACUGGAGGUGCAGCAACGUAAUUUUGAGUUCAAGUUCUCCGUGGGCAAGCUGCAGGGCUCUCUUUAUCGGAGCGACCCUGACGGUCAGAGGCCCGAGUCCUUGCUUGUUGACCUGAUUGCCGAAGACUUUGAUCUCGAGUUCUACAUGAGGCCCUUCGAUAUGGCUGCGGAGGUGUCACUGGGUUCGGUCACGGUCGAUGACUUUGUCGACAAUCCAUCCGCCGAGUUCAAGUCUAUUGUGUCAUCUGGUGAUGUCGAGGAUCAAAAGCAACAGAGGGACCUGGUCCACGUCAAGUUCAUCAAGGUGAAACGAGAGUCUCCAGAAUUCAUGCCAGUCUACGAAGGCAUAGAAACUAAUGUCAAUGUCGCUGUCUCUACCAUCAACCUCAUAGUGACCAGAAAGACGCUUCUCACACUGCUGGACUUCAUACUCGUCACGUUUACAAAUAACAACAACUCGAACGCUGAGCCGCCGAAGGGGAUAUCGAACGGCGAGGAUGAAGACGAGGGAGUCGAGAUAGUCGAGCCGGAACCAGAGCCUUCGCAGAGCGAGGCGGGUUCGAUUCGCGUCAAGGUCGACCUGAAAAGUAUUCGCAUGAUUCUGAACAACGAUGGCAUACGUCUGGCGACGCUGUCAUUCAACCAUGCUGACAUCGGAGUCUUCUUAUUGGGUAACACCAUGAGAGUUGCGGCUAAGCUUGGUGAUCUGACUUUGGUUGACGACGUUAACAUGGGAGCAUCCGAAGACUCCAGCUUCCGCCAAUUGGUCACAAUCCAGGGUGAUGAGCUCGCUGAUUUCCGCUAUGAAACGUAUGACGCGAGCAACAAAGCCUACCCAGGAUACGACUCCUCAAUAUAUCUUCGUGCUGGGUCUAUAAAGGUCAACUUUCUCGAGGAGCCAUUCAGGAAGAUCAUAGACUUUCUCGUCAAAUUUGGCAAGAUGCAAGCCAUCUACAACGCCGCACGUCAAGCUGCUGCGAACCAAGCGCAGCAGCUGCAACAGAGCACUAGCAAAUUCAAGUUUGAUGUCGUCGUCGAUACUCCCAUCAUCGUCUUCCCCCGGCCGGUUUCUGCAGAACGACGGAAGCGCAACCUGAUCACAGUCUACCUUGGAGAAAUCUACGCGCAGAACAAGUUUGCGCCUUUAGACGACUCCGAGGGUGCCGAGAUAGCCAUGAAGCUCUCUGCGGGGAUAAGACAUAUUCGGCUGACCUCGCUCUUCCACUAUGCCGAGGAAACUUCUGAGGAGUUGGAGAUGAUUGACCACGUGGACCUCGGCUUCAAUAUCACCUACGCCGAACACAAGGAAGGAUGGAAGAGACCAGAUAUGGAGAUUGAGGGAAGCAUGACCGAUAUAAACCUUCGAAUAACCCAGUACCAACUCAAGAAUCUGCUGGCAAUCUCUCAGUCCGUCCCGGCUGCUUUUGCGACGGACACAGAUGCUAGUGGCGAAGAAGCAGAACGCGACGUCGACGAGGGCACAUUGCGACGAGCGAAGACCAUGUCGUCUACCACGACUGGCGGCGAUGACCAACUGAUAGAUCUCUCCCCAGAACUGGGAUCCAGAGAGGAGGCCUGGACGAAACUAGAUCUUGUGUUUGAUGUGCACAAGAUCGGUCUCGAGCUGAUCGAUGCCCACGAGGAUAGGCCGGUUAAUGAUAUGGAUACCUCCAGCUUGUCGCGCUUCUCGCUGGACGAUAGCAAGCUGAAAACUCGAAUGUUGGCUGAUGGCUCCCUCGAGGCGGAGUUUGUGAUCCAAUCUUUCACCAUCCACGACAGCCGGACACGAGAUGGCAACAAAUUCAAGAGGAUCAUGACUUCUUCCAACACGAAAGUCCAGCAGUUCAUGGCGAGCAUAUCGAUGUCGGGUGGCAAGGAGCGUAGCGCGAUCGCCGUGGUUGCCAUCGAUAGCCCAAGGAUAAUAUUCGCUUUGGAUUACCUCUUCGCCAUCCAGAAAUUUGUGAUGGUUGGCCUGCAAUCCGACGAAUUCGCCCAUGACGGCGAGGAGAGCCUCGAGGAGACCCCGGAUGUCUCAGAUGCCGAAUCAAUGCAAGUGCAAUGGACCGGGAAGAACCCGCCUGAGAGUGCACAGACAGCCCAAGAUCAACCUUCGAAGGACGGUGACUCGAAGAUGAGCUUCGCUUUCCGCGUCAACAUUGUUGACGCCCAGGUCAUAUUGAUAGCCAAUCCCCAGAGUUCAAGUUCUGAAGCGAUUGUCUUAGGCACGAAGCAAGUGCUCCUAUCGCAGCAGCAUGCAUUGACGUUCCAAGUCUCACAGGUUGGCAUGUUCCUGUGUCGUAUGGACAAGUUUGACGAGUCUCCACUCCGCGUCUUGGACGACUUUUGCAUUUCGAUGUCAAUGGACAGCUCGCAGCCGAACCUGACGAAUAUUCAUGUCGACAUAGAGCCCUUGAUCCUUCGCCUUUCGCUUCGAGAUAUCCUGCUGGUGCUUCAGAUCAUCAGCAAGGCAUCCGAGCUUUCCGAGGAUGAGGACAGCAGACCGACAGCUAGUGCUUCUGACAAGAAAGCAAAGCAGCUUCGCAAAGAUGGGCUGAAGGAGCGUACGGCAAGCGGCCGGGGCGGGUCUACCAUUGCCGCGAGGAAAUCCAAAGCGGGCAAGACUGCUGGCACAAUGACGACAACGAGAUCGCACAGAGAUCAACCGCAUCAGCCUCAUGAUGUUAGCAAGGGGCCGAAAUCUCACGAAGAGCUCACUGCUACUAUCGAGGGUAUUCGUGUCGUGCUCAUUGGCGACCUUCAUGAGUUGCCAAUUCUAGAUCUAAGCAUCAAGAACUUCACGGCAACAGCGGCAGACUGGUCCAACGACCUCAAGGCCGAGACUGCCAUUGACAUGUACAUCAAUGUGUACAACUUUGCCAAGUCGGCCUGGGAACCACUCCUUGAGCCCUGGCAGGUUGGCUUGGGUGUUGCGAAAGAGCUGGAGAGUGGUCUUCUCUCCGUUGACGUAACUUCACGGAAGACAUUUGAUGUCACAGUUACGACAGCCACGAUCGCAUUGGCAUCCAAGUCUUUUGAUUUCCUCACCCAGGAGGAAGACAUUCUCGGCAAGCCUCGUGGAGUGGAGGCUCCCUACAAGCUUCGAAACUACACUGGGUUUGACGUCGUGGUACAAGCUAAGAGCCAGAGCAACGAGAACAUCUCCUUAAAGUUGGAAGAUGGAGAGGAGGCCCCAUGGAGUUUUGAGCAUUGGGAAAAGAUGCGCGAAAACAUCAUGUCGGAAAGCAAUACGGCAAACAGUGUUGCUGUUCAGAUCGAAGGUAGUGGUUUUGACACAGUCAAGAAUAUUCGUCUCAACCGCGAGGGAGAAUUCCUCUACAGCCUGCGGCCGAAGACCGACGACACCCUCCACAGACUACUCGUCGAGGUGAACCUCGGCGCCGACAACAUCAAGUAUGUCACGCUGAGAUCGCCUCUCGUGGUGGAAAACCAAACCCAGAUCCCCGUGGAGCUCGGUGUCUACGACGCGCAGGAGGGCCACCUCCUGAAAAUCGAAAAGAUUGCGCCGGGAGAGAGCCGCCCUGCCCCAGUCGCUGCUGCCUAUGUCAAGUCCCUGCUCGUUCGACCAGACUCGGGCUUCGGGUACGCGUGGUCAUCAGAACACCUGUGGUGGAAAGACUUACUCAAGAGGCCUACACGCACCAUGACCUGCAAAGGAGAGCAUGGCGAUCCUUUCUACUUCCAGCUCAACGCCAGCUUCGACCGUGGCCACUUCCUGACUGGGAAAUAUCCUUACAUGAAGCUAAAGCUCUCGCCCCCAAUAGUAUUGGAGAACCUCUUGCCGUACGACUUCAAGUACCGCAUCUAUGACAAGAAUACCAAGAAAGAUUGGACCAAUUUCCUGCGCAAAGGGGGCGUCAGCCCCGUUCACGUCGUGGAGCUUUCACACCUCUUGCUGCUCAGCAUUGAUAUGCAAGAUACUGUCUUCAAAGCAAGCGAGUUUGCUAUUGUCAAUCCUGGCACCCAGGAAGACUUCCGGAAAGAGCACAAACUGGUUUGCAAGGAUGAGGAAGGCCUUGCUCUCAAUCUUAGGCUUCACUACUUCAAGAUUCCCGAUGGCGGAGGCGCUUUCAAGGUUACGAUAUACAGCCCUUAUGUUAUCCUCAAUAAGACCGGCUUGGACGUCAACAUUCGUGGCAAGCAAUUCCUUCAGCAAGCGAAGAGGGCUGCUGGUCAAUCACUCACGGCCAACAGGUCAGACCAUGAAAGAACCAAAGCCUUGCCGUACAUGUUCUCUUUUGGCAACGAAGACCAGCGCAACCGAGCCCUUCUGAAGGUUGGUGACUCGGAGUCGAGCAAACCGCAGAGCUUCGACGCCAUCGGCAGCACGACCGAUGUUGUCCUGCCCUCAACCACCAAGAAUGCCGAACUUCAUGUCGGAAUUACGGUUGAAGCUGGUGAGGGCAAAUACAAGUUGACGAAAGUGGUGACUAUUGCGCCCAGGUUUGUGGUCAAGAACAAGAUCGGGGAGGAGAUCAACAUCAGAGAACCCGGGUCAUCAAACACCAUGACUCUACAGUCGGGCGAUCUGCAACCUCUCUAUUGGCUUCAGCGGUCUCAGGCGAAACAGAUGGCGCUUUGCUAUCCGGGGAUGAACAAUCAGUGGACGUCGCCAAUCAACAUCUCCGAUCUGGGAACAGUGCAUCUCAAGAUUGCCAAGGCUGGACAGCGCCAGCGUCUCAUUCGCGUUGAGGUACUGAUGGAAGACGCGACCAUCUUCCUCCAUCUCAGUAUGGAGACCAAGGCCUGGCCAUUCUCGAUGCGCAACGAGAGUGACACCGAGUUCACUUUCCACCAAGCCAACCCAAACAUCGAUGAAGAUGGCGGCGAGGACCGCUCAGGAUGGCGGCCAAUAAGGUACCGCUUGCCACCACGGAGCAUAAUGCCGUACGCGUGGGACUUCCCUGCGGCCAAAUUCAAGGAAGUGGUCAUCAGCGCGUUUGGUAAAGAGCGACACGUGAAGCUGGCUGAGAUUGGCAACCAAAUCCCGAUGAGGUUUGUCAGUGGCUCUGGCACCCAGAAGAUCAUCGACAUCAACGUUGCAGCCGAUGGUCCGACGCAAACCUUGAUCUUGUCCAACUUCAAGGCCAGCAAGAGCUUGUACCGGCAAAAGACCCAGACCGGCUCCAGCACGAGCACCGCGGCCGGCUUCGAAGUCAAGGGUCAGGAUACCGACACGACCUUCCGGGCGCAGCUGAAGCUUUCUGGCAUCGGUAUCUCGCUCAUCAACCACCAGCUCAACGAAUUGGCAUACAUCACAUUUAGGGAUAUCAACCUCCGAUAUAGUGAAUCGGCCCUCUACCAGACCGUCAGCACUUCCAUCAAAUGGAUCCAGAUCGACAACCAACUGUAUGGCGGCCUGUUCCCCAUGAUUCUCUAUCCUAGCGUAGUGCCCAAGCAGGCCCAGGAGACGGAGCUGCACCCAUCGAUACACGCCAUGGUCACCAGAGUCAAAGACGACAGUUACGGUGUGCUCUAUGUCAAAUACGCCACCCUACUGCUUCAGCAGAUGACGGUGGACCUUGACGAAGACUUCAUCUACGCCGUGUUGGAUUACUCCAAGGUGCCCGGCGCAUCAUGGUCCGAGACGCACGAGGGCAAGCUCUGCGACGAAGGAAUUGACAUUCCCGAACCGAAACAGGAGCAAUCCGGUCAGGAUAUAUACUUCGAGGUCCUCAAUAUUCAACCGAUGCAAUUGGAUCUGUCAUUCAUGCGUACCGAGCGCGUCAAUAUCGAAGACAAGACCUCAUCCCGCAACCCUAUCAUGUUCUUCGUUAACGUCAUGACUAUGGCAAUAGGCAAUGUCAACGAUGCACCCAUCCGCUUGAAUGCCCUCCUUCUGGAGAAUGCCCGGGUUUCCAUCCCGGUGCUGACACAGAACAUCUCGAACCACUACAGCCAGGAGGUGCUCUACCAAGUUCACAAGAUCAUCGGUAGCGCUGACUUCCUCGGCAAUCCGGUCGGGUUGUUCAACAGUAUCAGCAGUGGUAUCACAGAUGUCUUCUACGAACCAUACCAGGGUCUGAUCAUGUCAGACAAGCCCGAAGAUCUCGGCAUAGGUAUUGCCAAGGGCGCUGCCAGCUUCGUCAAGAAGUCGGUCUAUGGCUUCUCGGACUCCUUCUCCAAGGUCACGGGCAGCUUCGGCAAGGGCCUGGCGGCAGCAACUCUCGAUAAGCAGUUUCAAGACCGCCGACGCAUCACACGUUCUCGCAACCGACCCAAGCAUGCACUCUUUGGUGUUAGCGCUGGGGCGAACUCGUUCUUCACGUCUGUCGCGUCCGGUCUCGGGGGCGUCGCUCGGAAGCCUCUCGAAGGCGCCGAGCAAGAAGGCGCUGCCGGCUUCUUCAAGGGCGUGGGUAAAGGCUUUAUCGGACUCGCCACCAAGCCUGCGGUUGGGGUAUUCGAUUUCGCGUCCAACGUAUCGGAAGGCAUUCGCAACACGACGACGGUGUUUGAUGGAUCCGAACUCGACCGGGUUCGCCUUACUCGCUUCACCCCUUCGGACGGGAUUGUGCGGCCCUACAACCAACGUGAGGCGCUUGGUCAAUCCUGGCUCAAGCAGGUGGACAAUGGCAAGUACUUCAACGAGAACUACAUCGCGCACAUCGAACUCCCGCGGGAAGAUAUGGUGGUCAUGGUGACAUACAGCCGGAUCCUCCUCAUUAGGAGCAGGAGGUUAACAACGGAGUGGGAUGUCCCGCUCAAAGACGUACAGACAAUCGCAAAGGAACGUACCGGCCUCAGUGUCAUCUUGCGCGGAGGCACCAACGGGCCAUUCAUUCCGGUCGGUGAGGAGAGCAGGCGUACGUUCUUGUAUCGUAUGAUUGCUGUCGCGGUAGAAGAGUUCAACCGCCGGUUCAGGGGUCUGGACUGA